GAAGAAUUGAUUGUACUCAUUUACUAGCCAAGCCCUUGACUCUGGGAUGCUGAUCGUAAAAGCUCUGUUUCAGACCUCGCUGAGAACAUGCUGGUCAUGUCAUGAUGGCACAAGCAUGGAGGUUAGGGCGUAGGAUAUGGGCGGAAGUAGUUGGAGUAUUUUCCUUUAGAACUGCCUCCCAACUAUAGCACUGCCAACGUUAGGAAGAAUAAUGAAAACAGUUGAUUUUCCUGACUGAAUAGUUGUCGAUGUCGGUAAACUUGUUUCUGUUGAUAUGUCAUAGGAUGUCUUUGAUUUAUCGCAGCAUCACACGCAGGAAUUUGCAAGCUUAUUGUUUUAUGUCAUUUUUCCUGGAAACCAGCCUAAAUAUGUUGUUCUUGACAAGCGUAUAGCCAGCAAGCUAAUAGCUGUAAUGAAGAACUCGUAAUAACAAGGAAUUAGCUUAGUUGGUCUAUACCAUCCGCUUAGUUGCCGGGCUUGCUACUAAACCGGAGGGCUGUCAUCAAUCGUCUGCAGCAGACCACCGUCGCAUGAGCACAGCUGGCACCGCUCGCUCCGGUCGGGAGUGACUCGGCGAGGGUGAACGUAGCGCAUUUCUAGCGAGAGCUUGCUAGCUAGCUCGGCAACUGUCUGACUGCGGAAACGGUCGUUUCCCAUAAACGUUGGGGAAUUGGAGACAGAUAGUUGUCCUCGACUUGAGUCUUACGCGGGGACGAUGGCAGAAAGCGUUCUAGUCAAACAUUUCAGCACUGAGAGCCCCUGCGCGAGCCCCCGGUCCGGGAGGAAAAAGGCUCAACAGUCUCCCGGCUCGCGCUCCAAGUACCAGGUCAGCGCGCCCGGGCAUUGUUUUAAGAGAGUGACUCUCACUAAGCCAACAUUCUGCCACAACUGCAGCGAUUUUAUAUGGGGUAUUGUCGGAUUCCUUUGUGAAGUGUGUAACUUCAUGUGCCAUGAGAAGUGUCUGAAGACACUGAGAUCGGUGUGCUCAUGCUUGGCCCCGACGCUGGUGCAGCUCCCCGUUGCUCAUUGUUUCGGUCCAGCUGGGCAAAAGAAAAGAUUUUGCUGUGUGUGCAGAAAACACCUUGAAGGAAACACAGCGCUACGUUGUGAAGUGUGUGAGCUGCACGUCCACGCUGACUGUGCGAUAUUCAGCUGUGGAGACUGCCGAGUCUGCCACCAGGAUGGGACGCAGGAUCGAGACGUCUUCCACCACCACUGGAGGGAGGGGAACAUCCCGUCAGGGGCGCGCUGCGAGGUGUGCCGCCGCACCUGCGGCUCGUCUGACGUGCUGGCCGGGAUCAAGUGCGAGUGGUGUGGCAUCACGACGCAUGCCGCCUGCUAUAUCAUCGUGCCUCCAGUGUGUGAUCUGGGCCGGCUGGCCGGCGUGAUGCUCACACCGGCCUGUGUUCAGCUGAGCUCCAGGAACUUCAGCAAGAUGCACUGUUACCGCAUCUCAGAGAGCUGCCAGAACGAGCUGGAUCAUUUGGAUGAGGUUGACAGUCAGGUGUCUGUUCCAGUGAAGGAGAGCCAGCCAGCCUCCACGCCAGAUUCAGGAAAGCAGGUGUUGAAGGUGUCAGAUGGGGAUGAUGCCAUCAAGCGUGGCAACUUUCGCUUGGUCUCCAUUCCUCGAAUAACCAAGAAUGAGGAAGUGUUGGAAUCGGCGCUGAGGGCCUUCUACUUACCUGACGAGCCCAAGGACUAUGACCUGCACGAGUAUGGACAACCACCCCUGCAGUCCGACGACAUCCUGAACCGCAACGGUAACCCUGACAACAAGGGCAUCUUUAAGGACUGUGUUCCCGAGGCGUGGGUUCUGAGGGCCAGACCCCAGGACACGGAGGUGGUGAACAUCUACGCCGGCUGGCAGAAGGUUGGUGCGGCCUAUGUCUCCAUCUCCAUAUCCAAGAACAGUACAGUGGAUUCUGUCAUCCAGGAGGUACUCAUUCGACUGGAAAAACAGGCAGAGGACCUUUCCAAUUUCAAUCUUGUGGAGGUGUACAUGGGAAGCAGGCAAGUUCAGAGACAGGUGCUGCCGGGUCAGGAGAUGCUUCUGGACAAACUGAAGGAGAUCCGGAAGGUUUCCCUGAGGCAGAUGAACCAGACUCGCUUCUACGUGGCUGAGAGCAGGAACAGCAGGGUACAGGUCCAGCUGCUCAUAGGAGGACUGCCCCCGCUGCUGGACAAGGACGAGUACUCCCACCUGCUGCAGGAACACCUGGCUGUCAAGAGUCACCUGAUGGCCACAACGCAUGUCUACGGGAGCCAAGGAGCGCUGGCACUGCAGAUAUCGUGUUUCUCCGAGGCGGAGAGAGUCUACAUGCUAGCCAAGGACACGGCUGUCUGCAACAAACAGCUCACCUCCCUGGUGAUACCCGAGAUACUGCACAACAAGUUGGAGAGAGGCUGCUGUCCCUUGCUGGUGUUUGUGAACCCCAGGAGUGGAGGGCUGAGGGGACGAGAGCUGCUCUACAGUUUCCGGAAGCUUCUGAACCCUCACCAAGUAUUCGACUUGACCAAUGGUGGACCACUGGCAGGACUCCACACGUUCAGGGAGGUCCCCCACUUCCGGGUGCUGGUGUGUGGGGGGGACGGAACGGUGGGCUGGGUCCUGGGAGUCCUGGAGGCCGUCAGGCACAAGCUGGUCUGUCCUGAGCCCCCGAUCGCCAUCAUCCCUCUGGGCACAGGGAACGACCUGGCCCGGGUGCUGCGCUGGGGGGCGGGCUACAGCGGCGAGGACCCCCACAAUGUGCUGCAAGCCGUGGACGAGGCAGAGGAGGUGCAGAUGGACCGCUGGACCAUCCUGCUGGACGCCCAGGAGAUGAGCGGGGGUGGGGAGGAGAACGGCUACCUGGAGCCUCCCAAGAUAGUGCAGAUGAACAACUACCUUGGUCUGGGCAUCGACGCAGAGCUUACCCUGGACUUCCACCACGCUCGCGAGGAGGAGCCAGAGAAGUUCAACAGCAGGUUUCACAACAAGGGUGUGUAUGUGAAGGCGGGGCUGCAGAAACUUAGUCACACCAGGAACCUCCAUCAAGACAUUCGGCUGCAGGUGGACAAACAGGAAGUGGAGCUGCCCAGUAUAGAGGGACUGAUCUUCCUCAACAUCCCCAGUUGGGGCUCUGGAGCAGACCUGUGGGGAUCAGAGGGGGACUGUCGUUUUGGUCGUCCCCGUAUCGAUGAUGGGAUGCUGGAGGUGGUGGGGGUGACGGGGGUGGUGCACAUGGGCCAGGUGCAAAGUGGACUACGCUCGGGGAUCCGCAUUGCCCAGGGCAACUAUGUGCGCGUCACGGUAACCAAGCCCCUCCCGGUGCAGGUGGACGGGGAGCCCUGGAUCCAGGCCCCGGGACACAUCAUCAUCUCCGCAGCCGGGCCAAAGGUCCGGAUGCUGAGGAAGUCCAAACACAAACAGAAGAGGUCUGCAGGGCUGAGAGAGGCCCGGUCCGAGAGCCCCUCAUCCAGCGAUGGAGGCCAAUGACCCCUCUCCCCUCCUGCCCCUCACCCACCCUCACCCCUUCUCCCCUCCUGCCACUCACCCCCUCUCCCCUCACCCUGCCCCGCCCUGCUCUGCCUUCCCUGGCUGGGCUACUCUCCCCUGAGCUGCUCUCCCCUGAGCUGCUCUCCUGGUCGGGGUGGUGAGCUCUCCCAGCCUCGCCUGGUCUCCAGGAGGAGCCCUGUUUAUACAUGCUCUCCACUCCAGCGCUCCUCUGUCCAAUCACCUAACCAUGAUCCUGUCUAUGUCAUCGUUGGUUAACCACAGCUAGGCGCAACAGGGUUACCUCUUUCAGAUGAAUGCCAGUUUAGAAAUACCACUUGUGGUGAAUCGAAUCACGAAUGAUUGAAAAUAUUUUUAUGUUUUGAUUUUAUCUGCUCCUUAUUAGGUAAAUACCACUGAAAACGGAGUCUAUGUAAAAUAACUGAUCCUAAAACGAUAUAAUAAUUAUUUCAAAUGAGAUAAUUGAGCAGAUUGAUGAUCUAAUUAUAAUAACACAAGAAAGUUUUACUACAUAGAAAGAAAUCUGGUCCUAAAAUAUUUCAUAAUAAUGAACGAUUUCCCCCUAAAAACUCAGUACUAAGUCUUCUAAACUAGUACUUAGUACUCAGCCUAAACCCACAUAAGGACCAUUAAACAGCCAUUCAGUUGGUACUACUGUGUUAUGUAUUCAACAGUAGGAAGAUUAACAUAUAAAGAUAUAUUUUUUAUUGGAUUACUGUCCACAUGGAGAGCAAUAAGUAUGUUAACUACAAGUUGGUUCUUCUAGGCAAAUCAAAAGUCAAAAUGUUUAACUUUGUGGUAACUGGCACAGUUUGGUCAAACUUGACAGACCCAGAAGACUGCCACAUUAUGAUGGAUAUUCCUAACAGGAGCUUCCAGUUGUUGUGUUCAAAAUGUGCUAAUCAGCACUUUCUCAUAGACUCACAGCUACAGUACAUGUAUCUUAAGUGCAUAUUAACAUCUGUAGCCAAGUACCUCAUGAUGUGUAUCUAGAUCGUUCUCUGUAGCAGGUUCCUAUGCUACAGUAUACAUACUUACCAAGACUUGACUCCUCAGCAAAUGUAUUUUUGUUGUCAUAAAAGACGUCAUCUGAAAAUACGUUAUUGUAAAAAAACAAAAUUCAGUAGUCUCUAUUAGAUGUUCAGGUAACUUAAGUCCUGUGCACUAAUGCCAAGGUUAUGUUUUGUAUGGGAGAGAUGGUGCUUUUGAGAACUCAUUUUCCAGUUGAAAGUUUCCUUGUGGAAGGAGGAACUUCGACCACAUUCCUAGUGAUGCAGAACUUAGAAAUACAAUCACACACCGUCUCAUUAAUACUAAACAUGUACAAAGGAUCUUGUUUUAGCUGAUGCCUGACAGUAUUUGAUUUGAGUUGAUGGACUUUUUACUCAACAUGUCUGUAUGUAGACUGGCUUUGUUACUCGGUGCUGGUGUGUAACAUGUUUAAAUCGUUGGUUCUGUUUGGAGUAUCAAAUACAGUCAAAGCCACCAACCAGGUUUCUAGGUGAAGUCAGACACAGUAUUUUUACUAUGUGGCUUGAAAUUGUAAUGUUUUGAACCAGUGAAUUCAGACAUCACGAUGCACUGAAGGUUUCUGGCUUUGAAUGGAUAGAGAAUACCUUUGUACAGUACUGUUGGGUUAUGAACACCAACACACACAUUGGUGUCUUAGUUAUCUGUUGCUGUUUGGCUGGUCAACAUGCCUUCUUGGUCUCCUGUCCUCAUCUCCUCAGUUUUCUUAUCGACUGAAAAGGUCUGUUCCUCUGGGGUGAGUCCCAGGGAGGUCUGUUCCUCUGUGGUGAGUCCCUGGGAGGUCUGUUCCUCUGGUGAGCCCCAGGGAGGUCUGUUCCUCUGGUGAGCCCCAGGGAGGUCUGUUCCUCUGGUGAGCCCCAGGGAGGUCUGUUCCUCUGGUGAGCCCCAGGGAGGUCUGUUCCUCUGGUGAGCCCCAGGGAGGUCUGUUCCUCUGUGGUGAGCCCCAGGGAGGUCUGUUCCUCUGGUGAGCCCCAGGGAGGUCUGUUCCUCUGUGGUGAGCCCCAGGGAGGUCUGUUCCUCUGGUGAGUCCCAGGGAGGUCUGUUCCUCUGGUGAGCCCCCGGGAGGUCUGUUCCUCUGUGGUGAGUCCCAGGGAGGUCUGUUCCUCUGUGGUGAGCCCCAGGGAGGUCUGUUCCUCUGGUGAACCCCAGGGAGGGAGCUGCAGGGGGGCAGACAGGUGGAUACAAAGGUACCUUAGUAAUUUCUUUGGGGCUGUGGAUCAAAGCAGAUUAUCCACAAGGUCAUACACCGGUGACAGAGAAUAGUACUUUGUACUUUGCUAUGGAUAACAUAUCAACCUCAUGGCCGAUGAUCUGGCAGAAAUGGGAAUACUCAAGUGAUACUCAUUGAGAGUUUAGGAAGAUGAGGACAGGAGCCUAGUGUUUGUGCAUGUGCAGCAAUUCAAACCAUUGUCUGACAACGGUACACAUGUACAGUAGUGAGUAUUUUAAAAUUGUAUAAAAUGAGGUAUCGUCUAAAUGUUUAUUCCAUUCAGAUUGGCAUGAAGAUCGAUAUUUAUGCAUACACAUUGAGGUGAGUAUUGUGUAUUUACUGUAGUGCUGUAUCUUUCGAACCUGUCUUUAAUACCAGUGAUGGUCCGCAGUUUUCUUCUGUAGUCUCUGUCAGACUCAAUGCUGUAGAACUAAACGCCAAACCCCAAAAGCACAAUGAGGCAGUUGUGCCAGCUGCACUUGACAGCUAAUAUGCUAUCCACUCCAAAGAUAAUUCUCCUAUACUGUAGUUGGACUUCUCACUUCACGCCACCCCACCAGGGGUUCUGAACAAACAGGUGGAGGGCUAGCUUCGUUCCUAGCACGCCUUAGAGCUGGGAUUGUUAGCCUCCAGGCUUUAAACAAAUUUACACAUUUACCCUAACAAGUGCCAUUUUCUUUACUUUUUUCUCUCCCUCUACAUUUCUCCUCAAUGUUGCUGCACUGAGAACCACAUAACAGCUUGCGUCCAUGCCCAAGGUACCGUUCUGUGUUGGAUGUGGCUUACAGUGUGUGCGUACCAUUUGUAGGUUCUCUGCUUUCUGCGUCGGUUCUGCCUGUAGCUGUGAAUCCUCAGGCCAGUGUGGUUCUGUGGCUUCUCAAGGCCAGAUCUUCACCUAGUGCCUCAUUGAAGUGCUUCUAGAAUAUCAGUGUUUUUUCUGUGUCGAAAAAUGUGCGUGUGUUUCACUCCUGCUGGUGCAGUAAUUUAAAUAUCUUACAUGUAAGUGUUUCUCAACCAUUUUGAGCUAAUGUGCCUCUAGAUGACUUACGAUGUCACGUUUUGUUUUUAAUUUUCCAUAAAGGAAGGUAUUUUAAGUUUUUACUGGAGUCUUAAAGGAAGUUUAAUGUAUCAAUAGAUAUGUAUAUUUUUGCAGACAAAAGCUGUUUUUAGUUUGAAAUUUGAAAGUUUUAACUGUAAAUUGCACUAACUUUAAUAUUUGAGAUGAUAUUAGGUGUUAUGUUUGGUUACCUUGAAUGUUAAAUAACAAAUUCUAAAGAUAUAUGUUGAAAUAACAGAAAAUAUAUGAAAAAAGUAACUAAUGUAUGUCUCCAAAAUAAAAACAGACAUGGGACACCUUGA